CAACAACGUUGGUCUGCAGACCACCAGAUUAUAGCCGAAGAAGAGAAUCAUACACCGACAUAGUUGAGCUGAUACACAUGGCUGAAUGUUGCGCAUUAUAGACUGAAAUCUCGCCUGUUUAUUAAAUCCGGUCUUCAUGUAUGUGUGAAGUGUCACCCCUGUAUUAAGAGGAGAAGGACUCGGCGGCUCUCUGUGUCCUCACAUCCGGACCGCCCUGUGCUCGACUGUCCGCAAUGCUGCUAGAAGUGUCAGAGAGAACACAGUUCGGAGGAGUCGUUAUUAUUCGAGACACCUCCUCUUAUUCUGGACGUCACCUGCUGAAGUAUUACAUAAAUUGUGCCUUAAAGAGGGAGGAGGAUGUCCACGUGUUGGGUUUUGAAGUUCCAGAGCAAGAAUUGCGUGCUGGAUUGGACAGCAAUUACAUGCAUUUGUUUCACUUUCACAAUGCGUACAUUGACCCUUUGGGCUGGACCAAGCAAUCCUCGUUCACAGUGAAGCAGUUCAACACAGCAGAUGUCACACGGCUGGUCCGUGAGAUACAACAUGCUAAAGCUUCAAUACUUGUGAUUGACUCGUUGUCUUGGGUCAUAAGGCAUCAUAAUCCUGUUGCCAUUUGUCAGCAACUUCAGGAACUGAAGAGAGGUGGCUCCGUGAGGAUGAUUUUUGGUCUCCUGCACACAGAUCUUCAUCAGCAGGGAAUUGUAGACAGUAUAAGCCACUUAGCCAGCACUGUAAUCUCUGUAACAUCUGUGAAUCAUGCACACAAUGCUGUGGCCAAGACAAUGCACCGUAAAAAAUCUGGAAAGGUUAUGCGAGAGGAGGAGUUUUUCACUGUGAAAGAUGACUUAACACUAUCUGUAGAGAAAAGACCCAGCCAGUCUGGACAUGUACAGAUGCAGCCAGACACAAAGGCGGAUCCAAUGUCAAAUUUGACCUUUAAUCUUCGUUUGUCUGAGGUGGAGAGAGUGGCAAAAGAAAAGGUUGCUCUGCCCUUUGUCUUCAGCCAAGAAAAGAAGUCUGCUCUUCUGAAGCAGAGUCAGGGCUCUGGAAGGAUUAUAUAUGAACCUGAUGCCAGUGAUGACUUUGAUGAAGAAGAUCCAGAUGAUGAUCUUGAUGUCUAAAAUAUGUUCAUGGCGGGACUGACCUCUACAAGUGGUGGAAAACGCACUGAAACUCUUGUACUGGAGUGUGACAGUUAAUAAAAGUAAUCCGCCAACAUUGUCCUAUGGGAAAAGUUUAAAAGCACUUCUGGAAGUAAGGAAAAUAAGUGCUUCAUUUUCACGAUUUAUGACUAAAA